UUCCCCAUCUUCGUAAGUUGGCCUUUUUGUUUUGAUUCUUCAUCUUUAUCUCCAUCUGUCUCAUCUCCAAUUUUUCUUUGAGAGAUGCCAUAUCGGCGUAUUUCCCUCUAUAUUGUCCAACACGCAGUUCCAAUCUCCACGCAGUUCCAAUUUCCACAGAAUUACAGAAUGAUGGAGACCCAAAUAGAAGCUGCAACAAAGAGUGAAAUUUUGCCUGGCUUGACCUUUCAAACAACACCAAAAACAGAAGAGCAGAAUGACCAACCUGUGCCUUGUGUCAAAUGUGAAAAGAUCUUCAAAUUUCCCACAUCCCAGGAUGACUAUUUGGCGCAUUUGUUUCUUGCUCAUCGCCUGGUCAUAGCUGAUGUAUCUGAUAUUGCCUUGCUCGAGGAUUAUUUAAAGUUUUGGCGUAAGGAAUUUGAAGAUCAUCCACUGGAAGAAUAUUGUACAACCAUGCUGCUGGAUCAGCUGCCAGAUGGAACACCAGCAAAGAAUGAAAAAUAUUAUCUGUUAAGUGAUGUAUUGCCCAAAGAUUUUGAGCUGAGGGCGAACCUAAAGAAGCAAAGACUUGAGAAGGCAUUGGCCCAACAUCAAUUUGAAUUGACGGACCGAACUUUCAGUCGGGAAUGUCUGUACUGCCGGGAUGUAAUUACAGGUCUGCGAUCAUCGUUUUUAGAACAUCUCUUUACAAAGCACUUUCUACAAUUGGGUAAACCUGAAAAUCUUAUAUACAUUGAUGAACUUUUGGCCAAGGUCCAACACAAUUUGGAGAAUCUCAUAUGUCUUUACUGUGAGAAGGUAUUCAAGGAUCGGGUAACCCUCAAGGAGCACAUGCGUAAAAAGGCCCACAAGAGAAUUAACCCCGGCAAUAAAUCCUAUGACAAAUACUUUUUGGAAAAUUACAAAAUACCCGAUACUACGACGAGUCAUCAGCCAAAGAGAGCACAGAAGAAACAUAGAGGCAGAGAACACCACCAACAACAAAGAACUUCCAUCAAUGAAAAUUCUCGAGCAUCUUCCCAGCAGGAGAUCGAAAGUGUUGAUUUUGAGCGUUUUGCCCAUCACGGCGAAGACUCGGAUUCCGAUUGGUCAGAUUGGAAUGGAGAUGGCGGUGUCCAACCCAUAACAUGUCUUUAUUGUCCUCAACAGCUUGGCGAUUUUUCAAUAUUUAAAAGCCACCUAAACGAGGCACAUGGUGUUGAUUUUGAUCAAUUGUUAAGGGGUCUAAAUUUUUAUCAGAAAAUUAAAAUUGUUAACUAUGUGCGACGUCAAAUUUGUCUAUUGCGAUGUGUUACCUGUGAUCAACGUUUCGACAGCAACGAUGCCCUGUUGCAGCAUUUCGAAGAAGAGCAACAUUUUGGCGUGGGGACACGUAAACAAUGGGACAAACCUGAAUACUUUUUCCCCACCUAUGAAGAUGAUGGACUGCUGUGUACGCUGGAUGAUAAUCCCAACGAUGAUAUGGAUGAAACAGUGGUGCGUAUAAUAUCCGAGGAUCCUGUAGCGCAAAUCAAUAAGGAUGCCGAGAAAUUAUCCUUGGAAAAUUUUAAUUUUUUGUAAAAUAAAUAAAUUUAUGAUAGAGCAAUAUUUUCUAUAGAUUUAAUAAAGUAAAAGGAAAAUAAGGAAAGCA